AUGGUGGACACAAGACCAAGAAGAGCAGCUGGCUCAGGACUCUGCUCCGUGGUGGCCGUUAUCAGAAAGAGCAGGUCAUCGGAGGGGUCUGGAGCGGGCCCUCCCUGGAAGAGUUGGCACAAGAAGGCGAGAAGGAGAAAUGGGAUCUGGGGACGACCAGACGGAAAUGUGUGGGUGCCAGGCAGCUGUGUUCCCUGUGCCCAGGAGAGCAUGCAGGCUUAUGUCACCAACGUCUACAACUCCGUGGUGGAGGAGCUGACCCUUGAGAAGAAGCGCAGGUUCAUCGCUGUGGAGCAGGAGUAUUUCCGGCUCUGGUGGGAUGGCGUCGCCUCGGACAGGCAGAAAGGCCAGGUCCACCAGCUUGUGGCCGAAGGUCGCCUGGAGUUUGUCCUCGGAGGCCAGGUCAUGCACGAUGAGGCCGUGACCCACUUUGAUGACCAGAUCCUCCAGCUCACAGAAGGACACGGGUUUCUCUAUGAAACAUUUGGGAUUCGACCACAAUUCUCCUGGCAGGUGGACCCAUUUGGUGCAUCCGCCACGACCCCCACCCUCUUUGCCCUAGCAGGCUUCAAUGCCCACAUCAUCUCCAGGAUCAACUACAACCUGAAGAAAGUCAUGCAGGAUAACCAGGAGCUGCAGUUCGUGUGGCGAGGGUCCAGAUCCCUGUCGGCGCAGCAGGAAAUCUUCACACACGUCCUGGACCAGUUUGGCUACUGCUCUGAAGGAUUUUACUGGGAUGGCGAGCCCAUCUUCCCACAUCCUCCUGAGAAUGGCUGGUACCCUUCCAUGCAAUUCCCCGUCACUUGGGAAAGACUCCAAUCCUUUGUUGAUGCCGUGUUGUACAGUGUGUGGGAACGAGCCGCCUGGUUCCGGACACCACACCUCCUCUGGCCCUGGGGCUGUGACAGGCAGUUCUUCAACGCCUCGCUGCAGUUCACCAACAUGGACCGUGUCAUGGAGGAGGUCAACAAGUUCACCUACAAGCACGGCGUCUCGAUGGAGUACGCCACGCUGGGCAGCUACUUCCGGGCUGUGCACGCGCACCAGCUCUCCUGGCCGGUCCGAGACCAGCGAGACUUCCUGCCCUAUUCCUCGGAGCCUCUCAGGCUGGCCACAUGCAGCCUUCUACUCCAGUGCUGCCGGAAGGACUGCCCCGCGCCCACCUUCUCUUUCUGCAAAGUCCAGAUUGUCCUGGAGUGUCGCCUCCUCUCAUCCCCAGGUGGUGCUUGUGCAGGCUCGGUGUCUCAGCAAGGCUGGCCCCAGGCGGUGUCUCAGGUGCUCACCUGGGUUGAGAUCACAGCUCCUGCCGCCAAGGGCUGGGUGGCUUUGGCUCUGACCUCCGAUCUGCGUCUGUGUACAGUCCCAUCCUACCUCAGACUCUGGAAGGGCCCUGGGGUCAGGGGUGCAGCAGACUGGAAUCCUGUCUACGGGGACUGCAGUCAGCAGGGGAUAACGGUCAUAGAAAGGGAGGUAGAACUGGGUCCGUCCAGUGUCUUGGGCACCAGGGGUGAGGGGUGGGUCAGGUCCAGCAGUAGAGCCUGUUCUCUGUCUGCAGGCCCAGAGCCUGGGGGACGCUUUGCGAUGGUCUACAACCCGCUGGCCUGGACAGUCACCACCAUCAUCACCCUGACUGUGGACUUCCCCAGGGUCAGCGUCACAGACGAGUCAGGCCGCCCCGUGCCUGCACAGGCCCAAAGAUCAAAGGAGGUGCCCUCUGCCUAUGACCUGCACGUGCUGACCACGAUCCCAGGACUCAGUUACCGGCACUACAGCAUCCAGCCCAGCAGGAGGCCCCAGGAGGGCACUCUGGAGCCUGUGACCUCCUUGGCCAGCUCCAGGCAGUUUGGACGCAGACUCAGGAGAAGUGGCGGGCCGGCGGGCGGGAGCCUGGUGCCUGUGGAGAAUGACUGCUACACCGUGUUCCUAGACAAGGACACCAACUUGAUGCACAGCAUCUGGGAGAGGUGGAGUAACCAAACAGUCCAGGUGACCCAGACUUUCAUGGAAUAUCACGCGAAGAGUGAUUUUGAUCAAGGCCCCAUUUCAGACAAUUAUGUGUUUAGACCCAGUGGUAGAGCAAAGCCCGCGUGGGAGGCUGUGAGGAUGGAGAUCGUGGCAGGGCCGCUGGUGACUGAGAUCCGGCAGGACUUCUACAGAAACCGAAGGUCUGAGACGGAGCCAGAGGAGCCUUUAUUCCGGGGCAGACGCACCUCAGGGAAGGGGAGCGUGUAUUGCUUCCUCGGUGCUUCAGGCUGCCUGCCCUGUGGACCACACGUGGGAGGGAGUGAGAUCAGACGAAGCGGGGGACUUAGUGUGGCGAGCUGUGAGUGUCAGGAGGAGAGUUUGGCCCAAAGCCUCUCCUUGUUGUCCAUCUGCCUUGCAGAGACUGCCCCGCGUGGCUCAGGCUCCAGGCAGCAAGAGGCUGUGACGCUGCCCCCAAGCGUCCACCUGCAGAUCCUCAGCAUCCCCGGCUGGAAGUACAGCUCAAACCACACAGAGCACCUGCGGACUCUCCAGAAAGACCGAAAGCACAAGGCCAAGGCAGACCUCCGCCGUGUCCUGCUGCGGCUCCAGCACCUGUAUGAGGUGGACCAGGACCCUGUGCUGUCUCAGCCUGUGACGGUGAACCUGCAGUCUGUGCUGCGGGGACUGGGCUCCGUGGUGUCUGUGGAGGAGCGUUCGCUCACAGGGACCUGGGACGUGAGGAAGAUACAUCGCUGGACCUGGAGUACGCGGGACUUUCACCGCUACAGAGGUUCUGCCUGUCGUCCCUUACCAGCCCUGGGAGGCCCCAACAUCACCAUCUACCCGAAGGAGAUCCGCACGUUCUUCAUUCACUUUCAAGAGUGGUGAGCCCUUGGCAGAUUCUUGG